AGUGACACAGGGAGAGCAACAACGUGACAAAGAGAGGGACGGGGAAAGAGGCAAAGAAAGUAACCAAGGGAGAGAGGGAAAGACGGCAGGGGAAGGGAGGGGUGAGUAAAAGCCAAAGGAAACCAAGAUCACCAAGGACACAGAGGAAGCAGAAGAGGCCCUGGGCAGAGGGACGCGAGCCAUGCCCCAUAGCUCUGACAGCAGCGACUCCAGCAGCUUCAGCCAGUCACCCCCACCUAGCAAACAGGAUUCUUCUGAUGACAUGAGGAAAGUUCAGAGGAGGGAGAAGAAUCGCAUCGCAGCUCAGAAGAGCAGGCAGAGGCAGACCCAGAAGGCAGACACCCUGCACUUGGAGAGCGAGGACCUGGAGAGGCAGAACGCUGCCCUGCGCAGGGAGAUCAAGCAGCUGACAGAAGAAAUGAAGCAUUUCACCUCAAUGCUGAGCUCCCAUGAGCCCCUCUGCUCCAUCCUGACCACGGUGCCCCAACCGCCCCCGGAGGUGCUGUAUGCCACACACUCCUUCCACCAGCCCCACAUCAGCUCCCCACGCUUCCAGCACUGA